AUGCCUGUUAACCCUCAGAUACUUGGUAAGUUUGAACAUGCGCAGAGGGUACUCGAGACACCGCCCUCGGAACAUCCACUUCAUCCUGCGAAACUCCCAUCCCGCAACCCAACCCCCUCAUUCUGGAUCGAUUCCUCUCCGGACGCAAAUCCACUCGCAGGCGAAGGCAGCCAAGAUCCUCUGCCCAGCGAGGCAGACAUCUGCAUCAUCGGGGCUGGUAUCACUGGCGUUGGUGUCGCGUAUCACCUUAUCGAACUCUUGAAUAACGCCUCACUUUCUCUCGAACACCCACUCAAGGUCGUGAUACUCGAGGCGAGAGAUUUCUGCUCAGGAGCGACAGGAAGGAACGGUGGACAUCUUACGCCGGCUGCUUUCCUCGGGUUUGCUCAACGUCAGGCAUUAUUCGGUAUGGUGGAGGCAACAAAGUCUUAUGAACUCGAACAACACACUACUUCUCUGCUCGUUAAAAUCAUAGAGGAGAAUGGCUGGACGAGCGACAUCGACCUCGUAGAAGGCGGUCACAUCAAUCUCUUGUUUACGGAGAAGGAAGAAAAAGAAGCGAACAAGGACUAUGAGAUGGCACGUCAAGCGCAGCUCAAUCUAGAUGGUAUAGAAUGGCUUCCGAAGGAGAUAGUCGAAGAGGAGUAUGGUGCCACCUAUGCAGCAUUUCGCGCACCAGGACAUAAUGUCUGGCCGCUGAAACUCGUCACGAAGCUGUACCAACAUGCCCGAGCACACGUUGGGCAAUAUGCCUCUCUCAGCUUGCACACUCGGACACCGGUGACUGCAGUUACGCAUGAAACAGCGAACAACUGUUCCACGUAUACAGUCGUCACGAACCGGGGCAGCAUAUCAUGCUCCAGAGUCGUCCAUGCUACGAAUGCAUAUGCUUCUCAUCUCCUUCCCUUCCUCACAGGUCCAAACGGAAUCAUACCCACUCGAGGCCAAGUCAUGGCCACGCGUGCUUCCGUUGGUACAGAUCAAAUCAAGACAUCCGGCUGGGGUGGAAACGAAGGGUUUGCGUACUGGUUCCCCCGACCAGUAAAAAACGACACCGAAAAACCGCUGAUCAUCAUUGGUGGUGGUCGGGAAGCUGCAGAACCGCGUUAUGAGUUAUAUGUGGACGACGAUUCCGAAAUACACCCUCUCGUUGGGGAAGUGCUUCGCGAGUUCUUGCCGUCUGUGUUUGAAGGUAAAUAUGACCCGGAGUCGGAGCCUGAGAUGGAAUGGACAGGCAUCAUGGGUUAUACCAAGAUGGGGGACCCAUUUGUCGGUCCCAUAGCGGGCUUACUCGCAACCAAUCCAGAGAGAGAUCUGUACAAGAAACAGUACAUCGCCGCGGGAUAUACUGGUCAUGGAAUGCCGCGCGCAUUCGGCUGUGCUGAAGUCAUCGCGCAAAUGAUUCUGGCCGAGAUUUCUGAUAAAGAGUGGAAGGAGCCUGAUUGGCUUCCACAGCGUUAUCUGACAUGGAAUAGAAGAGUCGAGUGA